AUGGACGCCUUCUCCGGAUAUAAUCAGAUCCGAAUGGCGCCUGAAGAUCAGAGACACACAGCCUUCAUCACCAGCCUUGGGGCAUACUGUUACAAAGUAAUGCCGUUCGGGCUGAAGAACGCUGGCGCAACCUAUCAGAGGACCAUCAACAAGAUAUUCGCCCAACAGAUAGGGCGAAACCUAGAGGUCUAUGUGGACGACAUGAUCGUAAAAAGCCGGGUAUCGGGAGAUCACCUGACGGACCUAUCAGAAACAUUCGCCACACUCCGAAACUGCGACCUUCGGCUCAACCCCGCAAAGUGCGCCUUCGGCGUCAGUUCAGGAAAGUUCCUCGGAUUCAUCAUACACGAAAGAGGGAUCGACGUCAACCCGGAAAAGGUCCGGGCGAUCCUCGACAUGCAGGCCCCUCGGACGGUCAAAGACCUACAGCGACUGAAUGGACGUCUGGCCGCCCUAUCCCGAUUCCUGCCCCGGUCGGGCGAUCGCUGCCUCGCCUUCUUCCGUGCAAUAAGAGACCCAAAGAAUUUCCAAUGGACGCCCCAGUGUGAGGAAGCUUUCCGACAGGUCCAGCAACAUUUGGCCAACCUUCCCCGCCUCGCUUCAGUCACUACUGGAGAGGAGCUCGGCGUUUACCUGGCUGCCUCACAGCACGCAGUCAGCUCGGUCCUCAUCAAGGAAGCCGGCGAACAGCUCCCCAUAUACUACACCAGUCAUGUCCUGAGCGGGCCCGAGGAGCGAUAUCCCCCAAUAGAGAAGCUCGCCCUCGCGCUCAUGCUGGCAGCCCGAAAGUUACGCCCCUACUUUCAAGCUCAUCCGAUCAAGGUAAUCACCGACCAACCUCUUAGUCAAGUACUAUCAAAAUUCGAUGUCGCAGGUCGACUCCUCAAGAGGUCGAUCGAGCUCGGAGAGUUCGACAUCCGCUACACACCCAGGACCGCCAUCAAAGCACAAGCCCUGGCCGACUUCAUCUCUGAGCUCGCCCAUGCCGAAGGGCGGCCCCCCAGUGAACUAGGCGGAACGUGGGUCCUACAGGUGGACGGCUCGUCCGCUUCAACGGGGGCCGGCGCAGGACUGGUGCUGUCGGCCCCCGAUGGGCAGACGUUCGAACGUUCCCUCCGCUUCGGGUUUCAUGCCAUGAACAAUGAAGCUGAGUACGAGGCGCUCCUGGCGGGGCUCAGACUAUCCCGCGAGAUGCAGGUCGACGCCAUCAAAGUCCUCACCGAUUCGCAGUUGGUGACCGAGCAACUUAACGGCGGAUACGUGGCCAGAGAACCCACUAUGGCAAAAUACGUAACGGAGGUAAAAAACUUAGCCUCCUGUUUCGCACACUUCACGAUAUCCAGGGUGCCAAGACAUCAGAACGACCGAGCCGAUGAGCUGGCCAAGCUAGCCUCGAAGCGACCCCCGGGCACCACCCACGGGAUCGAGGAGCUCUCCUCCCCCUCUAUCCCGGUCGCGUAUGUGUCGGCGGCCGACACCCGAGCCACCUGGGUAGGGGAUAUGCUGCGCUACAAACGCGACGGGACCCUCCCCACCGACGAAGCCGCAGCUCGGCGUAUUCGCCGAAAACAGGCAUGGUACACCGAAGCGAACGGGCGGCUGUACAAACGGUCUUUCUCCCAUCCUCUGCUGCGGUGCCUCGAGCCAGAGGAGGCGGCGACAGUCUUGGCCGAGGUCCACGAGGGGAUUUGCGGAGAGCACAUCGCCGGCCGAACCCUGGCCUGCAAAAUUCUCCGCCAAGGCUAUUACUGGCCCACCAUGGUUCAGGACGCGAAGGCCUACGUACGGAAGUGCGGCCCGUGCCAAAGGCACGCCCGGACCCCCCAACUGCCGGCGGUGCCGCUCUCCCCCAUCACUUGCGCGUGGCCGUUCGCGCAAUGGGGGCUGGAUCUCCUCGGCCCCUUCCCCCCAGCCUCAGGGCAGAGAAGAUACAUUGUGGUCGCAAUAGACUACUUCACCCGAUGGCCGGAAGCUGAACCGCUGGCGGCGAUCACCGAGCAGCAGAUCAAGAAGUUCAUAUGGAAAAACAUCGUGACCCGGUUCGGCCUCCCCAGAACCAUCGUCACGGACAACGGGACCCAAUUCGCCAGCAAAAGGAUUCAAGAAUUCUGCGCUAACUAUGGAAUCCGGUUAAAACACAGCUCGGUUGCCUACCCCCAGACGAAUGGACUAGCCGAGGUAACAAACCGAUCUAUCCUGGACGGGCUCAAAAGAAGGGUAUCGGCUUCCCGAACGGCCUGGGUCGAGGAGUUACCCAGCAUCUUGUGGUCCUUACGGACUACCCCCAAAAUAGCCACCAGGGAAUCACCCUACAGCCUCUCGUAUGGAACCGAGGCCGUACUACCCCCAGAGGUCGUAUUUCCUACCCCUCGAGUAGAAGAGUACCACGAGACCACAUCGGACCAGGGGCUGCGUGCCGGCUUGGACCUGAUCGAAGAGCGGCGCGCCGGCGCACACCUGAGGGAUCUUUCUUACAAGAGAGCCGUUGCCCAGGUGUACAACCGCAGGGUGCGACCUCGGCCUAUUAAAAUGAACGACUUAGUUCUACGAAGGGCCGAAGUCAGCAACCCGACCAGGGCCGGGGGGAAGCUGGCCCCCAACUGGGAAGGACCCUAUCGGGUCAUCGAGGUAGUCCGACCAGGCACAUACAGGCUCGCGACAAUGGACGGGUCCCGCUUGCCAAGAACAUGGAACGUCCGGAACCUUAAGAAAUUUUUUGUUUAG